AUGUCUUUAGAGAUCAUUGGGCUCCUGGGCACCACAGAAAAGUCUUUUGCUCCAUUUUCAUCUGGUGCCUCUGAUCUUCAAAUCACAAAUGUGACAAGUCCAACCUCAGCUCAGCUUGUGGUAACAUGGACCUCAACCUCCAGCUCCAUCUCCUACUUCCUGCUGGAACUCCGUGUUGUAAACAAUACAGCCAUUGCCCUUGUCAGCAGCAUUGCCAGUGCUCAAUCGCGGUCAAAGCUAGUUCAAGGUCUUCGGGCAGGAACGCUUUACAAUGUAACUCUGAAGUCAUACACUAAUACUGGGGCUGUACGUUCAACUUCUGUGCAAGCAGAGACAGUGCCAGCAACACCGGUGAUUACCAGCACAAAUGGGAUCUCCAGCUCUGAAAUCAGCCUAACCUGGAACCCCCAGGUGGGGGUAGACUACUACUUUGUGAUGGUGUCAAUGGGAUCAGAUAGCAAUAAUAAGACUUUUGCAGGAACACUAAAUGGCACUGUGGAUGGGCUCCAGCCUUCCACAGUUUACAACCUCACACUGUAUGCUGUGAAUUCUGCAGGCCCCAGUGCAGCCAGCAGGCGUGUCAGUGUUUAUACAUUAACACAAGCUCCUGGAAUCGUCUCUGUGACACCGGUUUCAAGCUCCUCUGUCACACUAACAUGGACACGUGUUGAUAAUGCAUUAAUGUAUGGAAUUUUUGUUUAUGAGGAAGGCCCUAUCAACAAUCUUCUAUACAUCAUGAAAACAACAACUUCAACUAUCACACUGAAUAAUCUGCAGCCCUGUACAAAAUAUAUACUUAAUGUUGCCUCAUACAAUUGGUUUUAUGUCAUUGGAGGGAAAGCUGAAGUGCCAUACAAGUAUGGAAAUCUGGAUCCCCCACAAGGCAUCACCAUACAAUAUUCCAGUUACAUGCAAUCUGCCCUGAUAUCCUGGGUGCCCAGUACUGCAGCUUCAAUAUAUGUGGCCACAGCCACAUCAGACAGGGGCCAUGUGGCCAUCUGUAAUACUUCUACUACCAGUUGUGAAAUUCAGGAUCUCCACUGUGAACAAAAAUAUGUGGUGAGUGUUGUGGCACAAACAGGGACCUGCUACAGCAACAGCAGCAAGGAAAGCACAGUAGAAACAGCCCCUUGUGCUCCAGAAAAUAUCACAGUGACGGGUGACUGCCAGGUAAACACCAUUAUGUUGCAAUGGAGUCCAGCUAUUGAUGCCAUUCAGUACACUGCCUAUGCCUUAACUUCAGAUCACCAAAUGCUUGAGUGCAGAAAUGUUGUACCAAACUGCUUCUUUAUAAACCUUCUGUGUGGGACAGAGUACGAAAUGAGUGUGAUGGCAACCAGUGCCAAAAUAAAUAGCUCCAGGAGUCAUGGGAUCAAAGCAAGAACAGCUCCCUGUGACCCUGGUAAUGUGGCUGCUGUUCCCAACUGCAACAGCAGUGUCCUAGAUGUGUCAUGGGGCCUGUCAAAUGGAGCUAACACCUACAUAGCACUUGCUCAGGGAAGCAGUGGACAUACCUACAACUGCUCAUCUGUAAGCACCGGCUGCCAAAUUACAGGGGUACAAUGUGGAGACAGUCUGUCAGUGACUGUUAUUGCCUAUGAUAAUUACUGCUCCAGCUGGAGCAGCUCCACUGAUGAGAUUGUGACAGCCCCAUGUACACCAACAAUUAUUACAACUGAAACUGACUGUAAUAGCCAAUCCAGCUCAGUUCAGUGGAUGUACAGUCAAGGGGCCAUUCUGUAUAUGGCUCGUGCUGUCAGUGCUAUUGACAACUCUGAAUAUUUCUGUCAAACCUCCGAUCUGCGCUGCACCCUGACGGAUUUACCUUGUGGCCAGAUGUUCACGGUAUCUGUGAAAGCGAACAACUUCCAGUGUGAUAGUGCUUCUAGCCAAGAAGUGGAGAUCUACUCAGUCCCAUGCAUUCCAAACAGUGUUUCCUCUGAACUUGACUGCACUCUGAACACAGUCCUGGUUCAAUGGUCCCCUGACUCUGUAAAUACAACAUACACUGCAACAAUAGAAGAAAAGGGUAUUGGUUUUCACAGCUGCGCCACCCAGGAAAGUUAUUGUGUAGUCCGUGAUCUCAGUUGUGGACAGAAUUAUUCUGUAUCUGUGAAGGCAGACAAUGGUCAGUGUACAUCUACUUCUGAAUGGACAGCUCCAUCUUUAACAGCCCCUUGCAAGCCUACAGAAAUAAAAGCCAAUAGUAUCUGCUAUAACAACAGCAUGCAGAUGACCUGGUCUAAAAACCAAGCUUUUGGUAUAGAUAUGUAUUUAGUCCAGAUGCAUAGUCCUGAUGGACAACAGCGUGCCUGCCAGUCAACAUCAGAAGCCUGUAUUACUGAAGCCAUUGAGUGUGGAACAAUAUAUGAAGCCACAGUCACAGCUGUGAGCGUCAACUGUGAAAGCAAAUCAAGCACAAUAUAUACGGUUCCAGUACCAUGUUCUCCUAAACAACUAACUGAUACCGUUGCUCCUGAUUUUGUGGUUCUGACCUGGAAUAGUGUGCCUGGAGCUUUGAACUACACCACAGAGAUAGCAGGUGGUGGUAUAGAGAGGCAUAUUUGCACCACUAUAAAUACAUCAUGUUCAAUGACUGAUCUUCUUUGUGGCCACCAGUACAGUAUGAUAGUAACAGCUGCUGGUAAGCAGUGCAAUAAUGUGAGCGAUACUCAUCAGUUUCAAACAGCUCCAUGUGUCCCUCAAAAUGUUCUUGCAAGUCUGGAUUGUACAAGUAAUGUUGUAACCGUAUCAUGGAACAGUAGCCUUGGCGCUAAUAAUUACACCACAAAAGCAGAGGGAACAGAUGGACAAACAUAUUUUUGCAACUCCACAAGCACUUUCUGUGACAUUGCUGGCUUAAAAUGUGGCCACUCAUAUCAGGUAACUGUAGAAGCAGCCAAUGAAAAGUCAAAGAGUGGGCCCAGCAUUCCAGUUCCAAUUGAAACUGCUCCCUGUGUUCCUGUGGCAGAUUCACCACAACUCCACUGUAAUAAUACAGUCUCUUUAGCUUGGGCCACAACACUAGGUGCAAAUAAUUAUGUCUCCAAUGUUACUGCACCUCAGGGACAACCACUUUCCUGUGCUACAUCAGAUACAGGUUGUAUUAUCAGCAGUCUGCAGUGUGGACAAGUAUAUAAUGUGACGGUAACAGCGUUGAAUGCAAAGUGCAGCAGCCCUGCAAGUCCUCCAUCCUCCUUUACAACAGCUCCAUGUACUCCACAAAAUGUUGUGACUAAGCUGGAUUGUAUAACGAAUGUGGCAACAGUGUCAUGGGACAGCAGUGCAGGUGCAGAGCUCUACACCGCUAAUGUUGUUGGGGGCAAUGAGAACCUUCACAGCUGCAAUACCACCAGUUUGUCUUGUGAUAUCAUGGGGCUAACCUGUGGGCAAAUGUAUACAGCAACUGUCACAGCAGCAAAUGAAAUAUGCAAGAGUAAGCCAAGCUCAGAAGCACAAAUACAGACCGCUCCCUGUGCUCCUGAGCAACAGCCUCCGCAACUGAACUGUGAAACCAACACAGCAACCUUAUCCUGGGGCCAAACGUUAGGUGCAGCUCAAUAUGUCUCCAAUGUCACUGCACCAGGAGAACAACCUCUCUCUUGUGCAACAGAAAACAACAGCUGCACAAUCAGUGAGCUGAAAUGUGGUCUGAUAUACAAUGCGACAGUGACUGCAAUCAACAAUCAGUGCAGAGGCCCAGAAAGUACCACAACAACAAUUAUAACUGUUCCCUGCCAGCCUCAAAACCUCAUUGCUGCAAUGAAUUGCACCAGCUCAAUCACCCUGCUCGACUGGGAUGAAAGUGCUGGAGCUUUAGGCUAUACAUCAAUACUGAGUGCACCUGGAGGAGAACAACGCUUUUGCAACAGCACCACCGGUCAUUGUGAAGUGAGAAACCUGCAGUGUGGACAGCUUUACACAGUAUUUGUGAAAGCGCACAAUGUGCAGUGUGAUAGCACACCUAGUGCAUCGGCUCAGCUACACUCAGUACCGUGUGUCCCUAGUAAUGUGCAGACACAGAUCAACUGCGAGUUGGAUUCAGCAACUCUGACUUGGGACGCAACUAACGGUGCUCUCAGUUACUCAGCAACAGUGAUGGGUCCUCAGAAUGAAGAGUAUUUCUGCCAAACAGCAAAUCUAUUAUGUCGUUUCCCAACACUAUCCUGUGGCUUGGAAUACAAUGCUACCAUUUUGGCUGUGGGAGACACAUGUAACAGUGAUGCCAGUGCACCCUUGCCAUUUCAGUCUGUACCCUGUGCAGCUACUGAAUUAAAUAUGCAGUAUGAGUGCAAUAAGGACACAGCAGAACUUAGCUGGGCAUCGACUCUUGGAGCUAUAAUGUAUACAGCAUCUAUCAAUACACAGGAUGGGACAACUCUGCAAUGCAACACAACUGGCACAAGCUGUGUAGUUACUGGUAUAAAGUGUGGACAGAGAUACACAAUGGCUGUGGAAACCUUCGACACUACAUGCAGCAGCAAGGCCAUCUCACCCAACCAAUUCCUAACAGCUCCCUGCAUUCCAAAGAAUAUCACCUCAACUAUUAACUGCCAGGACAACAGCGCACUUCUGUCUUGGAGCAGAGCACCUGGAGCUCUGAAUUAUUCUUCAUUGGUAACAGGGCCAAACGGAGAACAUCAAACUUGCCAAACCGACUCCACCACUUGUAACAUUUCUGCUCUAACCUGUGGUUUUACAUAUAAUGCUACUGUAACAGCUUUCAAUUCCCAGUGUAAAGGAGAAAACAGUGAAGUUGUUCACAUUGUCACAGCUCCAUGUGCCCCAGAAAAUGUCAUUGCAGUGAUAGACUGCACUUUAAGCACGGUAACUCUUUCAUGGGAGGAAGUGGUCAGUGGUCAGAGUUUUACAUCUUAUUUAAAUGGACCAGAUAACUGGAUUAAAACUUGCUCUAACACACUGCCAACCUGUAACAUUACUGGUCUACCUUGUGGACUACAAUUCUCAGCAACAGUGUCUGCUGCUAAUAGCCAUUGCGUUGGGCCCUUGAGUAAUCCUGUCGAGGUUAUAAGUGCGCCGUGCAUGCCAGUCAAUGUUUACACCACUGUUGAAUGCACCGAUAACUCAGUUGAUAUAUUCUGGGAUCGCUCAAAUGGAUCUCUAAAUUACACAUCUUCAGUGUUAGGAGCCGGGGGCCAGCAAUAUCACUGCAGCACUGAGGAUUUGUCUUGCCGAGUGCCAAAGCUUCAUUGUGGUGAAGUGUAUUCUGUUAUAGUCUUUGCCGAAAAUGACAUUUGCAGCAGUCAACCAAGUCAUGCAAUCGAGUUCCCAUCAUCACCAUGCACUCCAAUUAACUUAGUAGACCAGGUCUUUAUUAAUUUGGUGGUUUUAUCAUGGGGGCCCACUCCUGGAGCUCUGAAUUAUACUACCCAAGUAGCAGGAGUUAAUGGAGAAAAGCAUGUAUGCAGCACAUCAAACACAAACUGUUCAUUGCAAGGGCUCCUGUGUGGUCAACACUACAACAUGUCUGUAACAGCCAUUGGACCUCUGUGCAGCAACAUCAGUGAUCUUCACGAGUUCCAGACUGGCCCUUGUACCCCCCUAAAUGUGAUUGCUGAAAUAGACUGUGUAUCUAACACUGGACUCAUUUCGUGGGACAGUAGCCCAGGGGCUGAGAAUUACAAAGCAGUAGCAAAUGGCACAGCUGAAGACAUUCACACUUGCAAUUCAACCAGCACAUCUUGUGACUUCUUUGGCUUAAAAUGCGGAACUACUUAUUCUGUUGUUGUAAUAGCAGCCAAUGAAAAAUCCAACAGCAAGCCAAGUUCCCCAGUGGAAUUGAAGACAGAAUUUCACCUGAAUUUGUUGUGUAAAAAAGUUGUGUAA